CUGCCUUAGAACAUUCAGCUCACAGUGCGUGGAUGUGUGUGUGAGCAGCUUCUCGUGUUGAUGUCUGCUGAGUGAUACUGACGGGGGGAAGGUAAAGAUUGGAGGGACCCUUUCGGAAUAAUACAAACGAGUAUAUACUUUGGAGCGAGUUUUGCUCAUCUGGGUCGUCCGCUUCGAUCCAUAACGAUGUCCCGACCUCGGACGGACGAGUUCAAGCCGCCUCCGGAGUGCCCGGUCUUCGAGCCCAGCUGGGAAGAAUUCGGCGAUCCGUUCGCUUUCAUCAACAAAAUCCGUCCAAUCGCUGAAAAAACUGGCAUCUGUAAAGUCCGCCCGCCUCCGGGAUGGCAACCGCCGUUUGCCUGUGACGUUGACAGACUUCACUUUGUUCCUCGGAUCCAGAGGCUAAACGAGCUAGAGGCACAGACCAGAGUGAAGCUCAACUUCUUGGACCAAAUCGCCAAAUUUUGGGACCUACAGGGAUGUCCUUUGAAGAUUCCUCACGUGGAGAGGAAGAUUUUAGAUCUAUACCGACUAAAUAAGCUGGUGGCAGACGAGGGUGGGUUCGACCUGGUCUGUCGGGACCGGCGCUGGACCAAGAUCGCUCUCCAGAUGGGCUUCGCCCCGGGCAAGGCCAUCGGCUCACACCUACGAGCGCACUACGAGAAGGUCCUUUACCCCUACAAUCUGUUCCAGAGCGGGGCAAACCUCCUGGCCUCAGAGCCAGCUGCCAAAGUGACGCGUUUGGAUGCUGAUCCCGAAUAUGAAAAGUACAUGCUGAAGCCCACCCUGGCGGCGGACAGCCAGGCCUCCAAGGAUCUCAUGGCCCACGACGCGCCCCCGAGGGACCCCCAGCAGCCUGAGAGGGGCUGCCCCAACGCCUACGGAGCCAAGCACUUGAAAUCGGAGGGUGUUCAGAUGAAGACCGAACCAGGCGAGGGUUGUGACAACAGGCCUAACCUACGGCGGAGGAUGGGUUCCUUUGUUGCCAAACCGGAACCUGAGAAAGAGCAUGCUAUUACUGUGAAACAAGAGCCAGUGGAAGUAAAAGAGCCAGUGGUUGAAGCAGAUAAAAUAAAGUCCCGCUACAAGAAAAACCUACCUCCGGUUCCUCUGAUUCCCCCCAGCCCGGGACGCGUCCACCCCGUGCAGGUGGACCUGGUGGUGUGUCUGGUGUGCGGCAGCGGGGCGGACGAAGACCGCCUGCUGCUCUGUGACGGCUGCGACGACAGCUACCAUACCUUUUGCCUCAUCCCCUCCCUCCAGGAUGUACCCAAGGGAGACUGGAGGUGCCCCAAAUGUCUGGCUCAGGAGUGCAGCAAACCUCAGGAGGCCUUUGGCUUCGAGCAGGCGUACAGGGACUACUCGCUGCGUGCGUUCGGGCAAAUGGCAGACGCCUUCAAGUCAGACUACUUCAACAUGCCCGUGCACAUGGUGCCGACAGAGCUGGUGGAGAAGGAGUUCUGGCGCCUGGUGGGCGCCAUCGAGGAGGACGUGACCGUGGAGUACGGCGCCGACAUCGCCUCCAAGGAGUUUGGGAGCGGGUUCCCCAUCCCCAACGGGCGCUUCAAGGUGUCCCCAGCAGACGAGAAAUACCUCAAGUGUGGCUGGAACCUCAACAACAUGGCGAUGAUGGACCCGUCGGUGCUGACGCACGUCACCGCCGACAUCUGCGGCAUGACGCUGCCCUGGCUCUACGUGGGCAUGUGCUUCUCCUCCUUCUGCUGGCACAUCGAGGACCACUGGAGCUACUCCAUCAACUACCUGCACUGGGGAGAACCCAAGACGUGGUAUGGUGCGCCGGGCUCCGCUGCUGAGCAGCUGGAAGCGGUGAUGAAGAAGCUUGCCCCGGAGCUGUUCGACUCCCAGCCCGACCUCCUGCACCAGCUGGUCACCAUCAUGAACCCCAACACCCUCAUGGCCCACGGGGUCCCGAUCUACAGGACAAACCAGUGUGCCGGGGAGUUUGUGGUCACUUUUCCCAGGGCCUACCACAGUGGCUUCAACCAGGGCUUCAACUUUGCCGAGGCGGUCAACUUCUGCACCACGGACUGGAUGCCUCUGGGCCGACAGUGUGUGGACCACUACCGCCUGCUGAACCGCUACAACGUCUUCUCCCACGACGAGAUGGUCUGCAACAUGGCCUCCAAGGCGGGCACGCUGGACGUGGUGCUGGCGUCGGCGGUGCACCGCGACAUGGCCCUCAUGAUCCGCGAGGAGAAGGCGCUGAGGGACGCGGUCAAGAAACUGGGAGUGUCGCGGUGCCAGGAGGCCAAGUACGACCACCUGCAGGACGACGAGCGCCAGUGCGUCAAGUGCCGGACCACCUGCUACCUGUCUGCGGUCACCUGCCCCUGCAGCCCGGGGGUCCUCGCCUGCCUGCACCACAUCCACGACCUCUGCCCGUGUCCCGUCUCCAACUACACACUGAAUUACAGGUUCACACUGGACGACCUUUACCCCAUGAUGACGGCGGUCAAACACCGAGCAGAGCUGUACGACGAUUGGGCCUCUCGCGUGGCCGAGACACUCGACGCCAGGCUGGAGAAGAAGAAGGGUCUGAGCGUCUUUCGCUCCCUCGUCUCCGAGUCGGACUCAAACAUCUUCCCCGACAACGACCUCCUCUUCAGGCUGCGGCUGGUCACCAAGGACGCCGAGAAAUGCUCCUCGGUGGCACGGCAGCUUCUGGGCGGCAAGCGGCAGACCAGGUUUCGGUGUGGGGGUAAAUCCCAGAGUCUGCUGACGGUGGAGGAGCUGAGGUCGUUUGUGAGACAGCUAUACAACCUUCCCUGUAGCCUCACCCAAGCACCGCUGCUAAAGAAACUCCUGAACGACAUCGAGGACUUCCAGCAGCACAGCGAGAAGGUCCUCUCCGAGGCCGUGUCCAGCGUGGUGGAGAUCCAGGGCCUGCUGGACGUCAGCUUCGACUUCGACGUGGAGCUGCCGGAGCUGCCCUGUCUGCGGGUGAAGCUGGAGCACGCGCGCUGGCUGGAGGGGGUGCAGCAGGCCACCGGCCGGCCCUCCACCCUCACCCUGGAGGCCAUGAGGAGGCUCAUCGACCAGGGGCUGGGCCUGGCCCCCCACCCGUCGGUGGAGAAGGCCAUGGCCCGCCUGCAGGAGCUGCUCAGCGUGGCUGAACACUGGGAGGACAAGGCGGGCAGCCUCCUCAGAGCCAGUCCCCCCCACCCCAUAGAGACCCUCAGCGCUGCGGCCGAGAAGGCGUCUGCCAUCCCGGCUCAGCUGCCCAACUGUCUCCUGCUCAAGGCCUCGAUCAGGACCGCCAGAGAGUGGCUGCAGGAGGCGGAGGAGCAGCAGGCUGGAGGCGCCGUGCCCACGGCAGACGCGCUGGCCGACAUGGUGCUCCGGGGCCAGGCCAUCCAGGUCCAUCUGGAGCCCCUGGAGAGAUUCAGGUCCUUGUCGGCAGAAGUGCAGGAAUGGAAGGAGUCGGCGGCCUCCGUGCUUCUGAAGAAAGACUCCCCCUUCACUCUACUGGAGAUUCUAUGUCCGAGAUUUGAGGUCGGAAGCGUAGGUUCUCCGAAGAGGAAGCCCAAGAAGGCUUCCCAGCAGCCUGGCAAGAAGAAAACGGUACCGCUUGACUCUCUGGCUGACAUCGAGAAAGCUCUCUCAGAGUCCAAGGAUUCAUCCUCUGCUGCCGCCACCCUGGAGGAGCUGCGCCUCCGGGAGAUGGACGCCCUCGCCGCUCUCCGGGCGCACAACGAGUCCAAGCUGCUGCCCUCGGGCGACUGCAUGGAGCUCACGGUGUGCCUGUGUCACAAGACGCCCAUGGGCGCCAUGCUGCAGUGCGAGCUCUGCCGCGACGCCUUCCACAGCGUGUGCGUGCGGGACCCGGGCGGGAGCCCCGCGGAGCGGCCGUGGCUCUGUCCGCCCUGCCGCCGCUCGGAGGCGCCGCCCAUUGCCGAGGUCCUCUCCCUGCUGGCGGCGCUGGAGCGCACGCGGGUGCGCCUGCCCGAGGCCGACGCCCUCCACUUCCUGGUGGAGCGGGCGGUGAGCUGGCAGCACCGCGCGCGGCAGACCUCAGACGAGCUCCGCCUCCAAGAGAUGCAGGAGGGCCCCGGGACUCCGCCCGUCCUGACCCGCUGGGCCUCGGGGAGCACCACGGCCGACAGCAACGCCCAGGCUCCGUACCUCACGCCCGAGUGGAACAAGACCAGCCUCCCGCAGACGGUCUUCUACACGGAGCAGAAGUGCAUCCCCCUGCAGGGUCUGAGUAGGGAGCUGGAGGAGCUGAUGGUGGAGGGCCUUCUGCUGCCGGUGUCGCUGCCCGAGACCCAGGACCUCUACCACGUCCUGCUGCAGCGGCCCCUGAGCCAGCCCCCGGCCGGGUGCCUGUCUCCCCCGCUGGACGACUCCAGCGACUGCACCCAACACCUCCAGCUCAGCAGCCAGGAGAAGACUCUGUCGUGGGCCGAGGACGAGGACGGCAGCGCGCUCAGCGCCUCCGAGAAGACCGGCAAGCGGCACCUGGCGAGGGAGGGCGUGAAGGCAGAGGGCCGGCCGGCGAAGGACAAGAAGCCCCACUACAAGAGGCAGAAGAUGAACAAGGACAAGAGCCUGGAGCGCCGGGCGGCCUCCACCUCCUCGUCCCCGCGCUCAGACUUCUCCCAGUCGGACGACUCGGACGAGGAGAUGUCCGAGUGUCCUGCGGAGAGCUGCCAGCAGCCAGAGGGAGACGAGGUGGACUGGGUCCAGUGUGACGGGCGCUGUAACCAGUGGUUCCACCAGGUGUGCGUCGGCGUGACGACCGAGCUGGCGGAGAAGGAGGACUACGUUUGCGUGGGCUGUACGAUAGACGAUGGACACCUGAGGCAAUGAGGGGAGAUCUUAACGACGUGGACAAUUAAUGACCUUUUACGAGCCACCUCGUCACACGACUCUCCGUCAGAUCUCUCUGUAACAACGGUGCUAUCCUCUCCGAUUUGACUCCUACUGGCCGAGAACACAACGGUUCACUUUGUUUUUGUAUUUUUACAUAUAUAUAUAUAUAUAUAUUAUAUAUAGUUCUUUCUUCAUAUGAAAUGUUGUGGUUAACAAAAUGUUUAAAAAAAAAUACAGGAUGUUGUUGUGUGCUGCAUGAGAUUCCCUCUGUGUGAAGGAGUCUUAACUAAAGUAAUGCACCGUGUCAAGAUUUUGGAGCAUAGUCGAACCUUCUAUGGAACCGCGUCGCAUGCAUAAACACAAAAGGGGUGAUAUGUUUAGCGAUUUUCAUCCCCUUUCCCCUUAAAAAAUGAAUAAUUACUAAUGUUUUUGUUUUUUUAACCCCUGGUGUUUAGUACAUGCAUCUUCUAUGAUUAUUUCUGUUUUUUGUAGAAUAGAUUUAUUUAUCUGAGCAAUAAUGUUUGUCUGAUUUGACCUAGCUUGAUCCUGCUGGACUGUCGGGGACGGUGUGUGAGAGUGUAUAUGUCCGUGUGUGUGUGAGUGUGAUGUACAGAAAAGCUCACAGUUGGCUGGCAGCUGUGGAGAGAUAUCUCGGCAGGCUGAAGAAAAUAAACUGCAUACAGUUACUGCCACAGCAUGCGAUCUGGUUAAGGGCAGCCUACCCCUUGGGAAAGAUUUUCGGUAGUUAAAGACGUUGCGGGUUUUUAUCGUGGAAUAAACUACGUUUUGUUCUACAAAGUCUUUCAAUUGUUUCACUUGAUCUUGUGCAAAUGUAUAUGACUGUUUUAUUAUUUUACAGUCAGCUCUAUUCCUACAUCUAGAAUUCUGACUUUAAUCUCAGAAUUCUGACACUAAAAUCAGAAUAUAAAGCAAAAUAAAUUCACAUGUGUCCCUAAUCCUGUUCCGUACACAUCUGUUCCCCUCUUCUUAAGUAUCCUUAAGACAUGAUGUGUUUAAAUAGGUCGUGAUAUGAUUCCCAUCCAAUGUCUCCUCCCUCAGAGGCGGGACACAUCCAUACCACUUCCAAAAUAGGGUGCAAAAAUAAUUGCACUGCCAUCGGGGGGCGGGGUGCUGGGAGGGAGAUCCCCUCCCUCGGGCCCCCUCACUGUUAUCAUACCUGACCCGUCGCCUGUAUCACACAGGUCAGAUGCAAGCAGCUCAAUAAAACACAUUAAACCUACAGGCAGUGUUUAGUGAUGUCCACCGACCGGAGUAAGAGGGGCGAGAAAGCGCAGGACGCUGAGGACGAGGACGACCUGGACGCGCUGUUGGCGACUCUGACGGCCGACGAAGUGAAAGAGUUGGAGGGCGAAUGCAUGGUGAUUGAUCCCGACCCCGGUGUGCCUGUUGGGCUGCGGCAGAGAAAUCAGACCGAGAAGACCCCCUCGAUAAGUUAUGAUAGAAAGGCAAUGCUUGACUUCUGUGAGGAAGAGACCAAGAAACUAAUUCAUCGGGAAUUGUCUAUUGAGGGGGAGCCAAACACUGACGGGGACGGGAGAGGGAGUGAGAGCGGGCCAAAGGGCUGUGGCUCCUCGACUAUGCAAGGAGAAGACGCUACAAACACAGCAAAGACGUCUAAAGGCAGAGCAGAGACGCUGCUGAAUAAAUGAACGAAGUGGGACGUUGAUUAUAAAAACACCAUAGAGGAUAUCAUUGGAGGACAUUUUGUGAUUUGAGGCCGCUGAGGAAAUUAAAAUACAUUGGGAAUAAGAAAAAGCGGAGUGCAAGAGAUGAAGCAUGAGGGAACGAAUGGCACAAGAAAAAUAAAAUGGAAGCAAUGGAAACAUAAGUAGACUAUAACGUAGGCCUAGCAGAAUGACCAUAUUCACAUGACAGGGUGAAACAGGGUGCAGCAGCUAUAUUUGGAUCCCCUUAAGCAAUACAGGGAAAUGACCUGAGUUGACCUGAGCUGAGUGAUGACAAACCAGCCGCCAGUAAGGUCUAAACAUACACCCUGCAUGUGUUUAUACUAUGUUUUAACCCCAGUGCAUGAACAGUGUGCCUGCAAUGGGUUUAUUGGCACGCAGAGAUGAGCGAACACAGGCCUGUGCAGCCUCAUCCGGACACUCUACACCUUACCCUGGUAAAAUACAGAUUCUAAUCUGAUUUCCAAAUAGAACUGUACAGUAGAGCACAGAACUAUGGAAACGUCUCCAAUGCUUACUGAUCCUACAACCUGCCCCUGACGCGUUUCACUGAGCGGUAAUAGAUACGAAAGGACUUCAUAGGGGACAAGAGAUUCAAGAAGGCUUACCGGAUCUUCCCAUUGAUUUCACGAUUGAUCAACACAAGACUCUCCUUUAAAGAAAACAAAAUGUGUGGGGAAUCGUUUCAGACCCCCUAUCCGUCUCCCUCUCUUUUUCCAGUGAAACCACGUUUGUUCGGAUGGAACCACCUAAUUCUACCAAGACACCAUGAGAGAUGGACCCUGCUGGAGCAUAACAUUCCACUUAUUGGACUCGACACGACUCGACUUGAAAUCGAUAUAGAUAUGUUCUAUAUUGUUAAACUUGUUGUUUAAUGCCACAAGAACACUUUCAAUAAGUGAAUUAUUAGUGCCAGGUAAAUUGGAUUUUUCAUUUAGUAAAACAAAAAUGCUAUAUAUAUUUUUAAAGAUACUACAAAUACAUUUUUGGUACCCAUCUGACAAGCUGAAUGUCUUCAAAUCGUAUAUCCAACUGUUAAAACUGAGAUCAUGAGGACAUUAAAUGCAGUGGGGAAUGUAUUUUGAUGCGUAAUAAAUGUGUUGUAAACGAUGAUACUCUGAGUGACCUUAGAUUAUUACCACAAUGAAUUGGAAAUGUUUUUUUGUUGCUUAAAGCAAAUUCAAUUAUUUUA